AUGCGGUGUAUAUCCAGGGUCCUGGGUGCCAAAAAUGGUUCCCAGCUGUGUCCCCCACUGACGCUACCUUUCCCCAACCAGAGGAUCCAAACCCCGGGCGACACCCUGACACCAUGGCCUUGCCAUCACGCCCCUGCGCCUCCGUCUAUGCCCAAAGGCCAUGUAGAUGUUACAACCCAGAACAGCUUUUGCGACAACAUCCCCAGAGAAGACUCGGAGCAGCAGGAACAAGAGGAGGAAAUGGCAGCUUCUCAGGGACGGCUGACGUUCCAGGAUGUGGCCAUAGACUUCACUCAAGAGGAGUGGGAAUGCCUGGACCUUGGUCAGCGGGAAUUGUACACGGAUGUGAUGUUAGAGAACUAUGGAAACCUGGCCUUCUUGGGGCUUGUCUCUAAGAUGGACCUGGUCGCCUUGCUGGACCAACUGAAGGAUCCCAGGAAUACAAGGAGAAUGGAGACAACAGCCAUUUACCCAGCCUUGUCUCCACAAGACACCCAGGAUUUGAUGCCAAAGAAUCCAGCAUUAGAAGAUGUAUUCCCAAAAGCAAACCUAGGAAUAUAUCAAAUAUUUCACCUCAGAAACUUACAUUCAAGGAAAUUCUGGGAAUAUACAUGGAUAUUUUCUCUCCAUUCCAAGAUGUAUAAUGUUGAUGAUACUGGAAGAGAUGCAAUCCAAUCAUCAUUGCUCAAUACAUAUUGUGAUAUGGUCAGUACACAACAACUUUCCGUGUGUAAUAAAAUGAGUCAGACCUUAAGUAAGAGCUCCAGCUCCAAUAAUUACAAGAGUAUUUCUGGCGGACUGAGAAGGUAUUCAGGCAAUGAACCUGGGUAUCCGGUUGAAGGAGACUCCAACCUUAAGAAACAUCAGGGACCCAAGUCUUCUAACAAGGAUUCUACAAGUAAUACAUGUAGAAAUGCCUUUGAUCAAAUGUCAGGUUUUUCUCUCGGUAAGAGUACUUGUACUGAAGAGGGGACUUGUACUGAAUAUGGUAUGGUUUUUAAUCAAUCUUCAGAACUUAUUCAACUGCAGACUGUUCAGAAUCCACAGAAAGAAAACAAGUGUAAGAUAUGUGGGAAACUGUUUAGUAAAUCACGCCACCUAAGUAGACAUAUGAAAAUUCAUACAGGAAGGAAACCUUUCCAGUGUACACAAUGCAGCAAAACGUUUAAGUAUCGCUCACUUCUUACUAAACAUCAGCGAAUUCACACUGGACAGAAACCUUAUAAAUGUGCAGAAUGUGGCAAAGCCUUUAUUUACAACUCACAUCUUAUUGAACACCAGCGAAUUCAUACUGGAGAGAAGCCUUAUAAAUGUAAAGAAUGUGACAAAGCCUUUAGUCGUCCCUCACGUCUUACUGGACAUGAGCGAAUUCAUUCUGGGGAGAGACCUUAUAAAUGUAAAGAAUGUAACAAAACAUUUACUAAGUUCCCAAAUCUUACUCGACAUCAGCGAAUUCAUUCUGGGGAGAGACCUUAUAAAUGUAAAGAAUGUAAGAAAACAUUUACUAAGUGCUCAAAUCUUACUCGACAUCAACGAAUUCAUUCUGGAGAGAGACCUUAUAAAUGUCAAGAAUGUAACAAAGCCUUUAUUCAAUACUCACAUCUUACUCGACAUCAGCAAAUUCAUACUGGAGAGAAGUCUUAUAAAUGUAAAGAAUGUAACAAAACCUUUAUUGAAUGCUCACAUCUUACCCAACAUCAGGAAAUUCAUACCGCAGAGAGUCCUUAUGAAUGUAAAGAAGGUAACAAAGCCUUUAUUCAGUGCUUGCAACUUACUCAACAUGAGCGAAUUCAUACUAGAGAGAAGCCUUAUAAAUGUAAAGAAUGUAACAAAGCCUUUCGUCGUCCCUCACUUCUUACUGGACACAAGCGAAUUCAUUCUGGGGAGAGACCUUAUAAAUGUAAACAAUGUAACAAAACAUUUAUUCAUUGCUCAAAUCUUACUCGACAUCAGCGAAUUCAUUCUGGGGAGAGACCUUAUAAAUGUAAAGAAUGUAACAAAACAUUUAUUCAUUGCGCACAUCUUACUCGACAUCAACGAAUUCAUUCUGGGGAGAGACCUUAUAAAUGUCAAGAAUGUAACAAAGCCUUUAUUCAAUACUCACAUCUUACUCGACAUCAGCGAAUUCAUACUGGAGAGAAGUCUUAUAAAUGUAGAGAAUGUAACAAAGCCUUUACUACGAAUUCGGCCCUUACUCAACAUCACCAAAUUCAUACUGGGGACAGAUGUUAUAAAUGUACAGAAUGUGGCAAGGCCUUUUUUAACGUUUCUAGUCUUACUAAACAUCAGCGACUCCAUACUGGAGAGAGACCUUAUAAAUGUAAAGAAUGUAACAAAGCCUUUACUACGAGUUCGGCCCUUACUCAACAUCACCGAAUUCAUACCGGGGAUAGAUGUUAUAAAUGUACAGAAUGUGGCAAGGCCUUUUUUAACAUUUCUAGUCUUACUAAACAUCAGCGAAUCCAUACUGGGGAGAGACCGUAUAAAUGUACAGAAUGUGGCAAAACCUUUAAUCGGAACUCAAUUCUUACUACACAUUUGCGAGUUCAUACUGGAGAGAAACCUUAUAAAUGUACAGAAUGUGGCAAAGCCUUUAGUCAUAGUAGUAAUCUCACUAAACAUCUGAGAACACACACUGGAAACAAACCCUACAAAUGUAAGAUAUGUGGGGAAGUCUUUAGUAAGCCAGCCAAUCUAAAUAAACAUGGGAAAAUUCAUACAGGAAGGAAACCUUUCCAAUGUACAGAAUGUAGCAAAGAGUUUAAACGUCGCUCACAUCUUACUGAACAUCAGCAAAUUCACAGUGGAGAGAAACCUUAUAAAUGUACAGAAUGUGGCAAAGCGUUGACUCACAAUUCAACUCUUUCUCGUCAUUGGCGAAUUCAUACUGGAGAGAAACAUUACAAAUGUACAGAAUGUGGCAAAGCCUUUACUUACAUUUCAGGUCUUAUUCAACAUCAGCGAAUUCAUACUGGAGAGAGACCUUAUGAAUGUAAAGAAUGUAACAAAGCCUUUAUUCAGUGCUCAGAGCUUACUCAACAUGAGCGAAUUCAUACUGGAGAGAAGCCUUACAAAUGUAAAGAAUGUUACAAAGCCUUUCACCAGUGGUCACAUCCUACCCAACAUCAGCAGGUCCAUACUGGAGAGAGACCUUAUAAAUGUAAAGAAUGUGGCAAAGCCUUUAUUAGGAGUUCGGACCUUUCUCAACAUCACCGAAUUCAUACCGGGGAUAGACGUUAUAAAUGUACAGAAUGUGGCAAGGCCUUUUUUAACGUUUCUAGUCUUACUAAACAUCAGCGACUCCAUACUGGGGAGAGACCAUUUUCAUGUACUGAAUGUGGCAAAGCCUUUGCUUACAACUCAGCACUUAUUCAACAUCGGCGAAUUCAUGCUGGAAAGAAACCUUAUAAAUGUACAGAAUGUGGCAAAGCCUUUAGUUGUAGUAGCUAUCUCAGUAAGCAUCUGAGAAGACACACUGGAGAGAAACCAUACAAUUGUGGUGAAUAUGGUAAAGUUUCUAAUCAGUCUUCAGAACUUAUUCAACAGCAGACUCUUCAGAAUCCACAAAAAGAAAACAAGUGUAAGAAAUGUAUCAAAGUCUUUACUCACUCAUCCAAUCUAAGUAGAGAUUGGAUAAUUCAUACAGAUGGGAAACCUUUCAAAUGUACAAUAGUUGGCAAAUCCUUUAGUAAGACUUCACAUCUUAGUCACCAUCAGUGAAUGCAUACUAGCCAGAAAUCUUUAAACUUAUAA